AACAGAACCAGCUUCUGGGACGAGCUGCUGUCCGCUGCAACAGACAGCUGCAGCGGGAAUCCCGCGAUGCGCCUGAACCGGGGCCGAUCCGUGAGGGAAUGGCGCCUGCGCCUCGCCGGGGGCCGCUGCGCGCGCAGGGGCCGGGCCGGGGCCGGGCCGGAAGCGGCGGGGCCGCGGGGGUAAAGCGCCGAGCAGCGCCGCGGCCGCUACCGGGCAUCCCCGCCGCUCCCGCCGCACAUCGCUCCCGCUAUGGAUGCGCGGGCCCGCGCCAAGCGCUACGAGAAGCUCGACUUCCUUGGGGAGGGGCAGUUCGCCACCGUUUUUAAAGCCAAGGACAAAACGAACAACCGAAUCGUGGCUAUUAAGAAGAUUAAACUGGGUCAUAGAUCAGAAGCUAAAGAUGGAAUCAACAGGACUGCCCUCAGGGAGAUAAAACUGUUACAGGAGCUAAGCCAUCCAAAUAUUAUUGGUCUUAUUGAUGCAUUUGGACACAAGUCUAAUAUUAGUUUGGUGUUUGAUUUUAUGGAAACAGAUUUAGAGGUUAUUAUAAAGGAUACAAGUAUUGUGCUGACACAGUCUCACAUCAAGGCAUAUAUGCUGAUGACACUUCAAGGAUUAGAAUAUUUACAUCAGCAUUGGAUUCUACACAGGGAUCUUAAACCAAAUAACUUGUUGCUAGAUGAAAAUGGAGUUCUAAAAUUGGCUGACUUUGGCUUGGCAAAAUCUUUUGGAAGCCCAAACAGAGUUUAUACACACCAGGUAGUAACAAGGUGGUACCGAGCUCCGGAACUAUUGUUUGGGGCUAGAAUGUAUGGUGUUGGUGUUGAUAUGUGGGCUGUUGGUUGUAUUUUAGCCGAAUUGCUCCUCAGAGUUCCUUUUUUGCCUGGAGACUCUGAUCUUGACCAGCUGACAAGGAUAUUUGAAACACUGGGCACUCCAACAGAAGAACAGUGGCCUGGGAUGACAAGUCUUCCAGAUUAUGUCACAUUUAAGCCAUUCCCUGGAAUGCCACUUCAGCAUAUCUUCAGUGCAGCUGGUGAUGAUCUGCUCAGUCUUCUUCAAGGCUUAUUCACGUUUAAUCCUUCUACUAGAGUAACAGCUACUCAGGCAUUGAAACAGAAGUAUUUCAGUAACCGACCAGGACCCACUCCAGGAAAUCAGCUGCCAAGACCCAACUGUCCUGCCGAAGCUGCAAAGGAGCAACAAAAUGCACUUUUAAAUUUAAAAAGGAAAAGAACAGAAGGAAUAGAUCAAGGUUCUGUUACUGCCUUAGCUGCGCUGACAGAUCUAGAAGGCUUCUAUCCAAAGGAUUACCAAAAAAACUGAUUUUUUGAUUGCUGUGGAUGAUGAGUGAAAAUGCCUUGAGUUCCAGGCAUUGAUAAAACACUGUAAUCGUCGCUGGAUGUUUUUUUCAUAUUUUCAUAUGUAAAAUAUGAAUUUUAUUAUUUCCUUAUGGACAGAGAAGUUUUAUUAAUCCUUCUUUUUACAAUAAAAUCAUUACUGAGAAAAAAGA